AUGACUCUCAAGGAGGAGUUCGCGACUAGGAACUUCAGCAUUUACGGGCAAUGGCUCGGGAUCCUGUCCAUGAUUCUUUGCUUUGCGAUCGGCAUUGCGGACAUCUUCCUGUUCAAUAUCGGGAUCAUCAUCUUCUGUGCCCUUGCGCUCGCCUCCUCAUUCAUCAUUCUCUUCAUUGAGGUCCCCCUUCUUCUCCGAAUCUGCCCUACUUCGGCGACCUUCGAUGCCACGAUCCGCAAGGUCUCGACGAACUACAUGCGCGCCGGCGUCUACGCCGCCAUGGCUGUCGUUCAAUGGCUGAGCAUGAUUCCGGCGAGGACGAGUCUGAUCGCCUGUGCCGUCUUCCUCAGCUUCACAGCCAUCUGCUACCUCCUGGCCGCUGUCAAGCACCAGGCUUUUGUCGGAAGCAAGACGCUCGGAGGUCAGGGCGUGGCUCAGAUGAUCGUAUAA